CUUUGCAUAAACGCAAAUGUCAAUCAUUUCGAAAUUGACAAAUUCAUAAUCAUCCCGAAAUUAAGAAACCCCAUUUCAUCAAUUCCGAACACAAUCGAGGUCAUCUCAAAAUGGCCGAAGGCAACCAUCCCUACAACGUUCCAGUGAGGCUCAGUAAAACGAACGUCUUGACAAGCGAAUUCGAUAACAUGUGGGAUAACUUCGGCAAGGAAAUGAAGGCGAUGCAAGAAGAGAUGAACAGGUUCCAGGAAGCCAUGUUCAGUAGAGCCUUCACCUCACCGCAUGGCUUCACAACGCCUCUCAUCCAAGACGCGGGUAACGGUCGCCAAGAACUCAAGCUUAGAUUCGACGUCAGCCAGUACACGCCCGAGGAGAUUGAGGUUAGGACGGAAAAUAACCAUCUUCUGGUGCACGCCAAACACGAGGAGAACGACGGUACGAAGAGGGUUUACAGGGAGUACAACCAGCAGUUCAUGCUACCACAAGGUAUCAGUCCGGAUUCCGUACAGAGCAAUCUUAGCGCUGAUGGUGUGUUGACUGUGCAGGCGCCAAUCCCUCAGCUUCCUGAUGCGCAGAAACAUCUGGCAAUUAGAAGAUGAAACUAUUCUUAUAUGAAGCAUAUUCAUAAACAGCAAAACAACAGUAAAUGAAUUUGAUGAAAAUG